GAUGAAAAGACCGACCGAGUCCGAGAGCGACUAAAAUAUGCUUUCCACUGUUGGCAUUUUCAGCUUCACGAAAUGCUCUUCCUCUACUUCGUUUCUUACCUUUAAAAACAAAAUCAAGAUGGAUAGCAAAUUAGGGUUUGCUCGUGGAUUGGAAGUCGUAAGUGAAACGUUAUCAUCUUCUUCGCCUUCAAAAGAAGAUUACAGAGUAGAUAACAAUGGUGAUAUUAUCAGUUUAGAGGAAUGGCAAGGUUGGGGCACUUGCUCUCCAAGACCAGCCAUGGUUAUGGAGAUUGUCGAGGAGAUGAAGAAAUUAGAGAAAGAUUUGGAUACUCAGAUGAGUUUUGGUGGUAUGGGUGCAAAACUUCAGGGGAACUUCAAGGUUCAAGAAGACAAAAAACAUAGAGCAACAUACAAGGCUCUAGGUGAUUCUGAACAGAAGCAGCAAUUCUUUUCAUCCCGACAAGUAGCAUGUCGUGUGCUGGGAAGUAGGGGUUACCUUUGUCAGAAGUGCUGGUUAGCUCAGGAAGACUGCAUGUGCUCAAAAAUUAAACCUAGUUCUCUAUGGCCUGGGAUGCGAUUCUGGUUGUACAUGCAUCCAAAGGAUUUUCUUAGGCAGAAUAAUACUGGGAAAGUGUUGUGGCAAAUAUUUGGAGUUGAAGCUGCAACGUUAUGCAUCUUUGGCAUUCCCGAACACGAAGAAAUAAUGUGGGAUGCUUUCAAACUUGCAGGAAAGAGCAGGGUUUGGUGCCUUUAUCCUGAUAAAAAUGCAUCUACAAAGUCGGUUCAAGAUGGCUUGUUCAGCAAUGCUUCAAAAAGUUUAGAAGCGCAAAAGAUGGAUGUAGAUACUCCUUUGCACUUCGUUUUGCUUGAUGGUACUUGGAGCAAUUCAGCUGCAAUGUUCAGUCGUUUGAAGGAACAUGCUAAAGUAGCUUGGGGAGAAGAAGAAUUUCCCUGUAUUUCUCUGUCAGAAUUAGGUGAAUCCCCAAUGCAUAAACUACGACCCCAACCAUCAUGGGACCGUACUUGUACAGCAGCCGCAGCGCUAGGCCUUCUGUCAGAACUGCAUCUUCUUCCGGAAUUUAGUUCAAUCGGAUUGGAUAAGCAUGCUGAAGAUAUUGAGGAUGGUUUGGAGAUUCUAUUAAAAGCGCUUACUGGUCGGCGACUUCGAAUGGGAAGGUCCAUUACACGCACAGAAAAAUACAAAUUAUAGAUGACAGGUCUUAAGAGAAUUUGGUGCAAAGUGUUGUGGAUGCAAUUUUUUUUGAUGUGAUUUCAUUCACUUCCGCGGCCAUGGUAGUUGUAGAAUCUUUUUAGGCCAAUCUAGUAAGUAAAAUCGACUUUCUUGGCUUGAA